CUGAGUGGAUUUAGACUCCUGAGAGUUUCUGCAAGAGUUUAAAGACUCACAACCGUCCUGAAGAGGAGACGAGAAAGAAGAAGAAUUAAAAGCAGAAGGAGAAGUUUUACACACCUUCGCACACAACAAAGCCUCCGUCUCCUCCUGCAGGCGGUCCUCUCGGGAGGGACGCGAUGGCCCGAAAGACACCGGCGGUGGAGUCUUGCCUGCUUUCAUUCCUGCUGGUCUCCAGUGUGUACCCGCUGAGAGCUGAAUACUCCAGCUGUGGAGAGAAUGAGUUUUAUAACCACAGCAGCAGCAGCUGUCGGCCGUGUCCACAGUGCCAACCGGGCCGGGAGCCGUACAUGAACUGCGGUUACGGGGUUAAGGAUGAGGACUAUGACUGUGUGUCCUGCCCCCCGGGGAAGUUCUCCCGGGGCAAAUACGAGAUCUGCCGUCGCCAUAAAGACUGUAAUGCGCUGUACAGAGCCACGGUGCUGACACCCGGCACCAGGGACAGCGACGCAGAGUGUGGACCCUGUUUACCUGGGUACUACAUCCUGGAGAACCGUCCCAGGAACAUCUACGGCAUGGUGUGUCACUCCUGCCAGAACGCUCCAAGGAACACCAAAGAGUGUAUGCGAACGACACCAGUUACAUCGCACCGUGGCUCGGGAACAUCGUCCACCAGCACCACUACGUUCCCCCAUGCAGAAAAAGAUCCAACAGGGCAAGGUCACCUAGCAACAGCCCUUAUCAUCGCCAUGUCGACCAUCUUUAUCAUGUCUAUCGCUAUAGUGAUGAUCAUCAUGUUUUACAUCCUGAAAGCUAAGCCGAGUGGCCAAGCAUGCUGUUCAGGCCAGAUGGUAAAAACCGUAGAGGCUCCGGCGAACAAGCAGGAAGAGAAGAAAGAAGCCCAAGAGAAUGCUGUAAUUUUUACAGAAAAGGAUGAGUUCAAGCCUCCUCCAACAAAACCAGUGAAAAGUGAAAACGACGCGUCGUCUGAGAACGAGCAGCUGCUGAGCCGCAGCAUCGACAGCGACGAGGAAGCGGCGCAGGAAAAACAGGGAGCCACCGACCUCUGCCUGUUGUCUCUUGUUCAUCUGACUCGCGACAAGGCCUGCUCGGGCAACACCGUCAACAACAACAACACCGUCAACAACAACAACACCAGCAGCAGCAGGACCGUGGGGAUUCACAGCCGAAGGAAAAAGAUCCUGGAGCUGUACGCCAGAGCGUGUGGUGUGGCCGAGGGCAUGAGUCCGGUCGAAUUGCCUUUUGACUGCCUGGAGCGAACGAGCCGCAUGCUGAGCGCCACCUACAGCGCGGAGAAGGCGUUGGUCAGGACCUGGCGUCACCUGGCUGAGAGCUUCGGAUUAAAACGGGACGAGAUCGGAGGGAUGACUGACGGCAUGCAGCUGUUCGACCGUAUCAGCACGGCCGGAUACAGCAUCCCGGACCUGCUCGCUCGACUCGUCCAGAUCGAGAGGCUGGAUGUGGUCGAAGCACUAUGCCUUGAUAUUCUCGGAGCGCCCCCUUCUGUUCAGCAUCUGACGAUUACUUCACGUUGCGCUAGCGUUUAAAAGAAGCAAAGCUACAAAGAAGAAAAUCCACUCUAAGCUUCUGUAUUGAUAUUCUCAUACCUUCAGUAUGAUCAGCGCCCCCUUCUGGCCAUAUUUUUUUAUGUGCUGUUCUUGUCACAGUUUUUUCUUUGAACGGUCCUAAACAUUGUGCUGGCCACGCAGACUUAAGGACCUCUUCUUCACCAAACAGUGUCGAUAUUUUUGUCCUGAAUUAAGUGACUCAGACAAAAUUGUAUGCAAAGUUUUUUAGGAAUCUUUUUUAUCCUAUAAUGAAGGAUUUCGUCUGAAACAUCAUGUUUCUUGUGAUGUUUUCCAGAAUUAACCACAGGUAAUAUACUGAUAGGUUUGUAAAGUGAUGAUAUUAACAAUUAUGGCUCAAAGCAGUUACAUAUAAAACAUACAUGAUAUGUGUUCAGCAUUUAAACUUAAUGAUAUAAAUUAGGUUUUAAUAAUAAUAUUAAUAGUAUUUAAAAUGCAAUAUCCAUUUACCCUUCUCCAAAAUAAGGCUCUAAGGAGAACAGUCCUGCCUGUGAUGGCUUCCAAACACAGCAGGGCUUCAGGACGGACCCUCAGUACUUUGAAGGAUGUGUGUAUAUACACAGUAGUGUGCAAAGACCCCCCCCCCCCCCCUUCCCCUCAUUAGUUCAUGUUACUCACUCACUCAUUCUCUAUAGCAAUUACCCUGUACAGGGUCGCAGGAGGCCUGGAGCCUCUCUCAGGGGACAUGG